CGGGACAGAUUAAAUCGCCAUGUCAGAUCCCAGCCAAGUCGCUGAUCCUGGAGAGGAACCUGGAUUGAAUAAACAGGGAACCCAAACUGCCGAACAACUGGCCGAAGUGGUCCUCAUAACGACCUCUUUUGGGGGCAUAAAGCAGAAGUUUUUUAGCUCUAAGCGAGCUCAGCACUUGCUAGACUGUAAGGGCCUGGUCUACUACCAUAUAGACGCCAACAAGGACAUUUCCAAAGCCACUGAUUUCAAGGACAUUGAGCUCUUGGACUCGUGGAAAGCCCAGAGUAUCCUCAAGUUCUCCAAAAAUGGCGAAGUCGUCCAUCUGCCUCAAGUAAUCAUAGACGGAAUUCCAAUCGGCGACGAAAAGGUUCUGCAGGACCUGGAAGAUGACGGGGACUUGGACUACAUGAUCGCCAGGCUGCUCUGUCCAUCGUGUUUGUCCGACAAGACAGCGGAUCUCGUCCAAUGCGACAAGUGUAAAGUAGAAUAUCGGAACAUUGUUCCCCCGGAAUACGUUGGCUCCAUACGGAAGCUCUGCCAGGGUGUCGCCUGCGAGUAGCAUUUUCCCUACACACCUAGGGGAAUACGUGACAGUAAAGGCCGAACGACUGUCUCGAUAAGCAAGACAACAGGGUGCCGCGGCAGAGGUGACGGCGACGACGACAUCGCUGGAUGCGAGCAGGUGCCAAGAGUUUUA